CAAGACUCAGCGGCAGCAUGGGCAGCGCCAGUCCGGGCCUGAGCGUCGUGUCCCCUGGUUGCCUGCUGCUGUCCCCAGAUGUGGCACUGCGGACAGGUGUGGAGAAGGCAGCAGUGGAAACAGUGGGUCCUGAGAAGCGGGAAUGGAGCCCCAGCCCACCAGCCACCCCUGAGCAGGGCCUGUCUGCCUUCUACCUCUCCUGCUUCAACAUGUACCCCGAGGAUGGCAGCUGGGUAGCCAAGGUCCCCGCGGCCAGUGCCAGGGAGGAACCGCUGGAGGAGCCUGAGCAGUGUCCGGUCAUCGACAGCCAGGCCUCUGGGAGCAGCCUGGAUGAGCACUCACUAGAGCAGGUGCAGUCCAUGGUGGUGGGUGAGGUCCUGAAGGACAUCGAGACAGCGUGCAAGCUACUCAACAUCACAGCAGACCCUGGGGACUGGAGCCCUGGUAAUGUGCAGAAGUGGCUGCUGUGGACGGAGCACCAGUACCGGCUACCUCCAGCAGGCAAGGCCUUCCAGGAGCUGGGCGGCAAGGAGCUGUGUGCCAUGUCGGAGGAGCAGUUCCGCCAGCGUGCGCCCUUGGGUGGGGACGUGCUGCAUGCCCACCUGGACAUCUGGAAGUCAGCGGCCUGGAUGAAGGAGAGGACCUCGCCCGGGGCCCUUCACUACUGCGCCUCCACCAGCGAGGAGGGAUGGACAGACGGCGAGGUGGAUUCAUCGUGCUCCGGGCAACCCAUCCACCUGUGGCAGUUCCUCAAGGAGCUGCUGCUCAAGCCCCACAGCUACGGCCGCUUCAUCCGCUGGCUCAACAAGGAGAAAGGCAUCUUCAAAAUUGAGGACUCUGCCCAGGUGGCCCGGCUGUGGGGUGUACGCAAGAACCGGCCGGCCAUGAACUACGAUAAGCUAAGUCGCUCCAUCCGCCAGUAUUACAAAAAGGGGAUCAUCCGCAAACCCGACAUCUCUCAGCGCUUGGUCUACCAGUUCGUACAUCCCGUCUGAGAGCUGCAGAGGCCAGAGGCCUACCACCUAUCCCAGACAAUCACUCUCCUCCUGGCCCGGGCUCAGCCUAAUCUGAAUCCAAGGGCUGCUGGCAUCCCAGAAUCCAAAGUCCCAGAGAGACAGUCCUAGAUCAGUAUCUAGGGAGGCAUGUGAGCUCUCUGAGUCCCUGCUUAAGGACAAGGGCCCCUGGAGGGUCAAGGGAGCUAGGACUGCUCCCAAGUGGAGAACCCCCACCCCCAGGCUUGGGCUGUGGGAUUCAACCAAGGCAAUUCACAGGAUGGUGAUGUCACUGUUUCCUGCUCCUGUGACCCAUCCUGUACCAUGACUGGCGUGGUACCAAGAGAUGUCUGCACCCUGUGUUGGGGAGCCAGGAGUGC